AUCCCUCAUUUCAUUGCAUUUCAUUCAUCUGCCGAUCUGCCUUGAUUUGCGUAUCAUCUGACAUUUCCGAUUUCAUUUCAUCAAUGCAUAAUAAUUUAAGUUUAUGCAUUUCUUGGAAUGUAAAUGCUGCUAGCUGACCGCUGAACCAACAUUUAGACGGUUAUAUUAUAAUACUGUGGUCAUAUUAUACGGUACAUCAUGGAUCGGGAAUAGGGGUUAAAUUUGAAGGUUAACUCAUGCUGAACAAUAGCAAAAUACUUAGUAGUUCACAAGUCAACAGACCACAUUGUGAUGUCUCAAGCAAAAAUGAAGUUUCGCGGUUUAUUUAAGUUGUACCUAGAUACUUUGCAACGAAGACCGUACUUGGUACAAGCAGUGCAAACUGGAGUCCUAAUGGGUUCCGGUGAUCUAAUAAGUCAGACCUUUAUUGAACGUAAGCACAUUUCAGAAAUCGAUGCUACAAGGACAUUGAAAUUUUCUUCAAUAGGGUUUUUUGUUGGUGGACCAGCAUUGCGUCUUUGGUAUGGAGCCCUAUACAAGUAUAUAGGUUCCAGUGGCAAAACAGUUGCUAUGAAGAAAGUGUUUGUUGACCAAAUUAUGUUUGCACCUAUUUUCUUAUGUGGAAUUCUGAGUGCAGUAGCAGCCUUUCAGGGCAAGGAUUGGACUAACAUUAAAAGAGAUUUAGAAAACAAUUACUUAGAUGUAUUAAAGACAAAUUACUGUCUCUGGCCAUGGGUUCAGAUAGUAAAUUUUUAUUAUAUUCCACUCCAAUACCAAGUUUUAGUAGUUCAAGUAGUUGCAUUAUUCUGGAACACAUAUUUGUCAUGGAAAACCAACAGAAGCUCAGAAAAUAUGGCAAUACAAAAAUAAGUACCUCUGCAUAGCUUAGGAUCGCAUCAGUAGCUAUGGGUUGAACUGUAAAAUAUAAAAAAUUAGAAAAAUAAAUGAAUUGUUUAAUA